UAAUCAUUACGUUGUAGUAAAACAAAUUAGACAAAACAAAACCUCUAACCGGUUGUACUUAACCAAGUCCCUCCGCGAUACACCCAAUCAAAACCUUCCUUAUAAGACCCAACAACACACCAACUCCUUCUUCUUCUCUCUCUUGUUUACUCUGCAACUAACCAAAGCUCCAUCAAUGGUGUCUCACACAAUCUUCCUACUCUUCUUCUUCCUCCUUCACUUCUCUCUUUCUCAACUAACAACAGCACAGAACAUCAACAACAACUGCGAUUCUUUAACCUGUACCGGAGCAACUAAUCCACCACCAGUUCACUUCCCAUUCCGAUUGACAACCAGAAACUCAUCGCAACCAAAUCGAUGCAGCUACCGAACAGGCUUCGAUCUCUCCUGCAACAACCAAAACCAGACAAUCAUCAGGCUCAGUUCAGGCGAAUUCGCCGUUCACCAAAUCAAUUACGAAGAACAGAGUCUCUUCAUCAACGACCCUAGCGGUUGCUUACCCAAACAAUUCAUGAAUCGAGAAUUAGAUUUCUUCAACACUUUUCCAUUCGUAAUCGAUCGAGUCGAAAAUUACACGUUUCUCAAUUGCUCCAAGGAUUUCAUCGCGAAGAUGAAGUACGAUCUCAACCCUAUUUCUUGUCUCAGUGACGGCGAAUUCUCCGUUUUCGCCGUUCCGACUAUGUUUUAUUACUAUAACAGAGGUUCGAUGACGGUAGAUUCACAAUCACUUUCACCGUCACCGUCAGAAUCGCCGUUAGGCUCUUGUUCUGUGAUUUCGACCGCUAUGGUUCCGCGUCCGUACAACCCGUUUUUUUGGCCUGGUACAACUGGAGAUAUCCAACUUUGGUGGGUCGACCCAAAUUGCAGAGAUUGCUUAGCGCGUGGAGGAGAUUGCGGGUGCUCCGUUUCUCCAAACGGGUCGAAUCACGGUCUUCCAAGAGGUGCAAAAUAUGGCAUAAUCAUAGGAGUUGGAAUACCAGGACUCCUAUGCAUAAUUGGGUUAGCAAGUUUCUUAUGUGGAAGAGUAAGAGCUUGCGGGCAACGGCAGCAGCGGCGCGGCCAACCCUUCUCCGAGCCGGAGCAACCUAUGCCGGUGGUGGUGGUAAUGGGCUAUGAUGGGCCCACAAUUGAAUCAUUCCCAAAGAUUGAAUUGGGUGAGAGUAAGAGAUUACCAAAGCCCAAUGAUAACACUUGCCCAAUAUGUUUGUGUGAGUAUGAACCUAAAGAAACUUUGAGAACUAUACCUGAAUGUAACCAUUAUUACCAUGCUGGUUGUGUUGAUGAGUGGCUUAAAAUGAAUGCCACUUGCCCACUUUGCCGUAAUUCUCCGGACACUGACAAUAGUGUCACUUCUGCUUCUUCACAAUCUUCUUCUUCUCAUCUUGUUAGUCCUUCUACUUCAAUUUCUUCUUCUUCUUCUUCUUUACAAACUUCUUAGAAUAAAAAUUUUAUUUGUUUUGUACAUAUUUGGAAGUAGAUUUCAGAUAUGGGUUGUUUGUUGUUAUAUGUACUAAUAAUAUCAAUGUGGAUCUUAGAUGAGUAGUGAAACAUUUUUGUUUAAGGGUAGUGUUUUACAAUUUUUUUGUUUAAGGGUAGUCUUUGUUCUUCUUAUUAUUUUUUUUAAUAACAUUUGUUGAUUGUGAUG